AUGUCAUCAGGGGAUAUCAUAAAACCACUAUCAAGCUCUGAUCAGCUAACUAGCGAUGAAAGAAAUCCGACAGAGGACUCGAGAACUCUUGCAGAACCGAAAACUUCCGAAAAUCGAUAUUGGGACCAGCUCGUGCAAUACAAUAAUGGGCUGGGAAAAGACGAACUGUUAUAUCCCGAGUUUGCUGCAUUACAACGCCUGAACACUAUACAUCUCCACAAUAUCCUGGCAGAGAUAAAAGCAGAGAUAUGGCAGAAGAGAACAACAUCGGAGGCACAGAUGGUCAAGCUUAAGGAAACCAUGCAUGACUAUGUAACAGCAAUCCGAGAUACUGAAUAUAUGAGUAAUCUCAGCCGCGUUCCGCCCUCCAUCACCAUGAACCACCGCAUCUUCCUUGAACACGGCUUUCCAAGCAUUGCUAAUCGUGAUGGCGCCCCUUACGAUACAAAUUACCUCUCGCUUUUGCACAAGAUCCCUCUUGCCAGAGAUGCCGUACGAGAGUUCUUGCGCAAAUACUUGCACAAGAGGCUCUCAUGGUCGACCACGGAGCAAAGCGCACGCCGGACUGAUUUCUAUAAGAAUAGCCUCCCUGAGACCUACUCGCCAUUCGUAGACUGGCUGGCCAGGUUCAUCAUUGCCGUUGGGGGCGGAGCGGCUCUCAUUGUACCGAUGCUUAUUAUGAGCAUCGAUGCGGGGAAAGUUAAGAGUCUCGUGACAGUAUCGGUGGCUGUUAUACUGUUUGCUCUAAGUGUUAGUCUAGGGUUUAAAAUUGACAACAAGGAUACACUUACAGCAACAGCGACCUACGCUGCUGUAUUAGUAGUUUUUGUCGGAACAAAUAAUACUUGA